AUGGAGGAACGCGGGUCGCCCGACGGGGACCCCGCGCGGAACCUGGAGCAGGGGCCGGAGGGGCCAGAAACGCCCAUCCAGGUGGUGCUCAGGGUGCGUCCCAUGAGCGCUGCCGAGCUUCGUCGAGGGGAGCAGAGCGUGCUGCACUGCUCAGGGACUCGGACUCUGCAGGUGAGCCCCCCGGGCGGGGGCCCGGAAGUGGCUUUCCGCUUCGGCGCGGUGCUGGACGGGGCGAGCACCCAAGAUGACGUGUUCCGCGCGUGCGGCGUGCGGCGUCUGGGCGAGCUGGCGCUGCGCGGCUUCUCCUGCACCGUCUUCACCUUCGGCCAGACCGGCUCCGGGAAGACCUACACCCUGACCGGACCUCCUCCCCAGGGAGAGGGGGUGCCUGUGCCCCCCAGCCUGGCUGGCAUCGUGCAGAGGACCUUCACCUGGCUGUUAGACCGCGUCCAGCACAUGGAUGUUCCUGUCACUCUCCAGGCUUCUUACCUGGAGAUCUACAAUGAGCAGAUUCGGGACUUGCUGAGUCUGGGGGCUCCCCGGCCCCUCCCUGUUCGCUGGAACAAGACCCGGGGCUUCUACGUGGAGCAGCUGCGGGUGGUGGAGUUUGGGAGCCUGGGGACCCUCAUGGAACUUCUGCAAAUGGGUCUUAGCCGUCGAAGGAGUUCUGCUCACACCCUGAACCAGGCCUCCAGCCGAAGCCAUGCCCUGCUCACACUCUACAUCAGCCACCAAACUCAGAUGCCUCCUGUGGACCCCGGGGAACCCCCUGCCGGGGGGAAGCUGUGCUUUGUAGACCUGGCCGGCAGUGAGAAGGUGGCGGCCACAGGAUCCCGUGGGGAGCUGAUGCUUGAGGCCAACAGCAUCAACCGCAGCCUUCUGGCCCUGGGUCACUGCAUCUCACUGCUGCUGGGCCCACAGCGGAAGCAGAGCCACAUCCCCUUCCGAGACAGCAAACUCACCAAGCUGCUGGCGGAUUCGCUGGGGGGUCAUGGGGUCACCCUCAUGGUGGCCUGCGUGUCCCCCUCAGCCCAGUGCCUUCCUGAGACCCUCAGCACCCUGCGAUAUGCAAGCCGAGCUCAGCGGGUCACCACUCGGCCGCAGGCCCCCAGGUCCCCCAAGGCAAAGCCGCCCCAGCAUUUGGAGACUGAGCUAUUGCAGUUGCAGGAGGAGAACCGUCACCUGCGGUCCCAGCUGGGCCAAAUGGACCCCAAGGCCUCUGGACUCAGUGGGGCCCGGGUGGCCUGGGCUCAGCGGAACCUCUACGGGAUGCUGCAGGAGUUCAUGCUGGAGAAUGAGAGGCUCAGGAAAGAGAAGAGGCAGCUUCAAAGCACCCGGGACCUGGCCCACGGUGAGCAGCGCAUCCUGGCCCAGCAGGUCCGCGAGCUGGAGCGGCGUCUCCUCUCUGCCUGCUACCUUCAGCAGCCAGGCCCUGGCCCAGCCCCACCGUGUCCCUGUGUGAUGGUGCCACCUCUCCUGUGCCACGCCCCGCCACCCCUUUGCCCCCGCUGCCAACUCUGCCCGCUGUGCUGUGCGCCGCUGGCCCACUGGGCCUGCCCACGGAGGGAACUCCACCUGCCCCAGAUGUGCAGCUCUAAGGCCCCAGCUGAUGGGCCCCCGUCCGCCCGGCCCCCACCCUGGGCACCUCCAUGCUGCCCUAGCUCUGCCAAGUGCUCGAAGGAGAGGAGUCACAGUGAGUGGGCUCAAACCCAGGUUCUGGCUGAGAUGCUGACUGAGGAGAAAGUGAUGCCCUCUGCACCCCCCCUGCCCGUGGGGUCUCUGAACACAUCGCCAGUGCUGAGAGGUGGGGCUGCAGUUCCAAACCUGGCCCGGAGACUGGAGGCCCUCAGAGACCAGAUCGGCACCUCCCUGCGACGUGGCCGGAGCCAGCCACCCCCUCCCUGA